AUGGCCGUGGCACGCUCCAUGCGCCGCUCGAGCCCAAUAAGUCUCCUGCUGGCCGCAUUGCUAGCAUUCGGCUUCAUAUGCUUCCUACUCUCCCCAUCAGCACCCUCCACCUCCACCCUCUCCAACACCAGCACAAGCUCGCAACAACGGCAAUCCAACGCGGCCGAACACCCUCUCUCCCCUCCAACCAAACCCUUCUUCAAAUCCCAGCCCGUCCGCAGCGACGGCCAUAAAGCCGCACCACCAGUCGUCCACUACGACCUCAACAAGCUAACCAACACCGCCAACUCCGUCGCCAACCGCGAACGAAUCCUCAUCCUCACCCCACUAGCCCGCUUCUACCAGUCCUACUGGGACAAUCUCGAAAAACUAAACUACCCACACGAACUAAUCUCCCUGGGCUUCAUCGCGCCCAAAACAAGCGCCGGCAACGCGGCCGUCUCUGCCCUCGAGAAAGCCAUCGCCAAGACCCAGUCCGGACCAAUCGACAACCGCUUCGCCAGCAUCAGCAUCCUCCGCCAAGACUUCGACCCUCCGCUGAAAUCGCAAGAUGAAAAAGCCCGCCACGAAAUGUCCGCCCAGAAAGCCCGCCGCGAGUCAAUGGCGCGCGCCCGCAACAGUCUGCUCUUUACAACCCUCGGCCCGGCGACCUCGUGGGUCCUCUGGUUAGAUAGCGAUGUGGUUGAGACGCCUGCGUCGCUGAUCCAGGAUCUGACGGCGUUCGAUCAGCCGGUUAUCGUGCCGAAUUGUUUCCAGCGGUUUUACGAUGCCAAGAAGAAGAAGUGGGAUGUAAGGCCCUAUGACUUUAAUUCUUGGGUUGAUAGUCAGGUCGCCCAGAAUUUGGCUGCUAAUAUGGGGCCGGAGGAGAUUCUGCUCGAGGGCUAUGCGGAGAUGCCGACUUAUCGGACGCUUAUGGCUCACCUGCCUGAUGUGAAGAAUCUGGAGCCGAAGAAGAUGAUUGCGCUGGACGGUGUUGGGGGCACGGCGCUACUGGUUAAGGCUGAUGUGCAUAGGGAUGGGGCUAUGUUUCCUGCUUUUCCGUUUUUCCAUUUGGUUGAGACGGAGGGCUUUGCGAAGAUGGCCAGGAGGUUGGGGUAUGAGGUUAUUGGGCUUCCGGAUUACUUGGUCUACCAUUAUAACGAGUAA